UCGAUGCAUUUGCUGUGUCAACUCCAAAGAUGGCGGUGGAUUUCGUAGCAACGUAUAAAAUUCUGGUUUUGGGGGAUAGUAAUGUGGGAAAAACAUGUAUAGUGCACAGAUUUUGCGACGAGACAUACUAUGAUACUUAUAUUUCUACAAUAGGUAUAGACUUCAAACAAAAAAUAGUUAAUUUGGAUGGUAUGCCUAUAAAACUUCAGAUAUGGGAUACUGCUGGUCAAGAAAGAUUUCGAACUUUGACGACAGCGUACUACAGAGGAGCCAUGGGCAUUCUUGUGAUGUAUGACGUCACCAACAUGGAUUCCUUUAAUCACCUGUCAUAUUGGUUCCGAAAUGUUGAAGAAAAUGCAUCGCCAGAUGUUGUGAAAGUGUUAGUAGGAAACAAAUGCGAUAGUUCGAAUCUACGAGUAGUUGAUCAGGACCAAGGAAGAAAGAUUGCUGAAAGCUGUGACGUUCCCUUUUUUGAGUGCAGCUGCAAAGAGGGUGUUAACAUAGAUGAAAUUUUUAUGACGGUUGCUCGAAUGAUUCGUGAACAAAGAGAACGACGAGCCAGCAAAUUCGACGAGAUCGAGCGACUGCAGUGGGAUAAAGCCCACUUGACCCAGCAAAAGCCACAAGAUCCUUACAAAUGCAGCUGCUGAUCAUUCCGCCUUAUGUCUUCAUACUGUAACAAUAGGCUAUGAGCUUUUACAUUUAUUUGAGAAAAAAAUGAUAUUCACACCGCAGAGCGCCGGAAACUCAAAAGACAGCAGUAUUACACACGGAACAAAGCUGUGUUUUGGCCUUCAUUUUGGGAAUAAUAGCUAGACCGUAAUUUUUUUGGUACGAUGAAAAGAUGGAUGUUAUUUUGGUCUUCUAGUUGGGCUCUGAUUCGACAGCAUUUUCAUGAAAAGUUUUUCUGUUAUUCAGAUUGUUUUUGUUUUUUUAAAGUUUGUCAUUGCUUGGUGUUCAUGUGAUAAUUUAAUGUGAUAGCAACACGUUAAGUUUGCUGCUGGGUAUGGUAAACCUGAUACUGGAAGUGCAAUGGAGUUUGACCCGGUGAAAUAUAUGCUGGUUUAAAUUGAGUUUUGUGGAUUCACUAAUUAGUUUAAAGCAAUACUAUGCAAAUCCAAAUAUAUGUAAAUAUUAUUUGUAAAUACUUCUGCAAAAUGUUGGGGAAUUGGCAGCAGUUAUAUUGCAGAAUUCUAUUGCAUGAUAUUUUCUAUGUUUGUUAUAUGAUUUUUUUAAAGAUGUGCCAUAGUGUGCUUGUAUUAUUCAAUAACUAUAUCAUAUUGUAAAAUUAAAAAUUAAUUGCUUUUUUAAAAAAGAAAAAGGUAGAAUUUUUGCGAAUUCUGAAAUUACUUAUGAUUGCUAUGCAGUUUGAAUAAUCUGGAUGAACAGAACUCAAGAUGAACAGUUUUUAAACUUACCGAUUAUCCAGAUUUAAUUAUUUAAAUUUAAUAUUGCUGUAAAAUUUCUCAAGUGGUAUAAUUGUCAAAUCGUUUAAUUGCGACGUGCAUUCGAAGUUAUCUUGAAUAUGCAAGAUUAGAACCAUACUUUACUCUGAAUAUGUCGUUUCAUGUUGAUGCAGAUAUUAUACCAUUUAAAUAAUUUACAUUUUAAGCAUUAAUCGAUUAAAGAUUUUGAUUAAUUGUAAAAUAUCUUGUUCUUUUAUUGAAAAAGUUUUAAAAAUGCAAUUGAUUUUUUUUAAUAAUUUUUUUUAUGUACCUAUUCAGUUAUCAGAUUUUUGUCAAUCAGACUAUCAAUCAGGUCUGAUUAAAAUUGAAAGUACGCAAAUAUACACUUAAUUCAAGAUAAAUUUUUUCAGGUAAGGCAUAUGUUCUAAAUGAAUGCAGUUCGUUGAAAAUUGUCUUUAAGCCAAAACUUUUUGUACAAAAAUAAUAAUCAUUUUGAGAGAAUUUAUAAUCAAUUGAAUGCUUCACUAUAAAAUCUUGGAUGUUUUGAUUAUAGCAAAUCAGUUUUAUAAAAAAAUUUAUUCAGCAUGAAAAAAAUAUUCUGCAAAUUUUAGAAAGAAAACUAAAGAUUUCAAAGUCAAAAAAAUAAUGUUUGUCAUAAAUGGUUUCGAUACAUAUCUCGAACCAUUUGAUUUACAAUUAUUGUAUAAAGUUCGAAAUGAAUACUAAUAUAGACUUUUUUCUUUUUAUAAAAUUAAGGAUAUAACUCAACUCAUAUUACUUUUUGAAAAUAUAAUCUUAACUUUUAAUUCCAGAUUAAAUGCUUAUCAUUUAACAACUAAGUACAAAAACAAACAAAUUAGUAAAAAAAAGAGCACAAAAUUCUCGUAGAAUAGUCGUGAAAUGUAACUAUUUUUCAAAAAUUGCACUAGAAAUUAAUUUGAAUACUUAAAACAUUAAUAUUAAAUUUGAAAAAUUAACUAAUCCUUAAACUAAUUAUCACCGAUGAAAUUCAUAAAGUUUUCGCUCGCUUUAUCAGCUGAAAAAAAAAGAAAGUUAUUAAAACUUGAUGUGUACAUAACAAUCAAAAGCACUAUUCUCAUCAAUAUUAUUAGAAAUGAAGUGACAUUUUUAAAUAUCUAGUAAUUCCUUUUGUUUUCUUUUAAGCUACAACAAAAAGUGUCUAACGUAAAUAUUAUCAUUAAUAUAUACAUAUAUCUUUACCUAUUAUCAGUUAUGGUAUAAAUAUUAUAUUGCUGAAAUGAAAAUAAUCUGGGAUAUUUUGGUUUAGAUUUUAUUUUUAUUAACACAUUGAUGAUGAGAUUCU